GAGAUCACGUUAUCGCGUUGCAAAGAACUUUUUAUCGCGCUUAUCAGACGCGUUAUCUCGCCAGUGCUGCGCAUGCCGCGACCACGAUCAGUCAUUAGGUGACUCACGCUCAUAUGGCCGAGAUGUCGAACAAGUUCAGCUUCAAGGACCGCCACGCGACGGAGUUCAUGCGCGUCCCCCAGACUAGCGCCGAUGUACCCGUCCGCCAUCCUGGGGCUUCAGCGCCUGAUGACCGCCGUCUGGCAGAAGCAGCGAGCGCUUCCUCCACCGGCACUACGCCUUCAGGUACGAUGUCGCCGGCACUAGUUAGCAGCGUGAAGGACGCCUCCAUGUGCCCGGGCUGCGCGGAGGAAUACGAUGGCGCGCUGAAGCGGCCGCUGCUGCUGCCCGGCUGCGGCCACAGCCUCUGCAGCGCCUGUGCCAAGCUUCGUGCCAGGGACCUCCACUGCCCUGUCUGCAGACGCAGCUAUGUCGGCUUGCCGGCAGACGCGCUUCCCUUCAACAUCGCGCUGGAGCAGCUGCUGGCCGACAGACGGGACGAGCUGACGCUGCAGCGCAUCAUCCAGGAGGAGACAGGCGUGCGCGGAGGGGCGGCCUCGAGCUGCCACCACCACGGCCUGCGCCAGUCGUUCUGGUGCCGUACGUGCGAGGAGCCUGCGUGCGGCGAGUGUCUGUUCGAUGACCAUCCUGCACCUGGCCACGACCUCGCCAAGAUGAACGACGUCACUGCUGAAGUGAGAGAGGAAGCCCUCAUCAUGGCAAAGGCGUGUCAGGAAAACGCUACCGAAAUCUUUUCAAACAUUCUUAUGGAAUUCGUGGCGCUGCUCGGUAACUUCCACAAGGCAGGUCGUCUGCUCACUUCUUCCAGGAAGCUGCUGUCUGCAGCGGAGUCGGCAAACGACUUCUUCGCGGCCACGUCGCUCUACAAGGUCAUCCAGCGAACAAACAGUCAGCUGGUUGAAAUGCAUUUGGAGUGCCACCCAGUUGAGGAUGGUGCAGGUGAAGAAUUUGGGGCAGAUGGAGAAACUGGAGAGCAUAAUGAGACCCUGCCAGCUGUUUCUCCACGAAACCGAAUGAGUAAGAGUCUGCAGACCUCAACUGCAGCAGAGGAGACCUUUGUCUACGCGAUGCACACUGAUGGUCGUCUGGCGAAGGUACAGACAGAGGCUCAUGGUCUGCAUGUGUACAGCCUGCAGACUCAGCGCACUGCAGGCUACAGCGUGGCAGUGAGGCUGGGCCUGCUGCUGGAGAUCGCAGAGCGCGAGGCCCCACAGGCGUUCCUUGAUUUGGCCACUGAGGAUGGGCCCCUGGGGCGCAUAUACGUGAGUCUGCGGGGCGGCAUGCGCAGGACGGCGCAGUUCCUGCAUCUCUGCGUGGGCACCCUGGGCCCAUCCUAUAAGGGGACAAGGGUGGACGGCGUGGGAGACGCUGGGGCACCCGGCGAGUACCUGCGCAUGGGGGACUACACCCGCCAGGGGGGACAAGGGGGAGUGGGGCUCAUUGAUGGACUCGAGUGGGGAGAGGGUUUCAUCGGCCCCAAGAAGCGGGGGGCGGUGAUGGGGCUCGGGGGGGAGGCGGGGGAGAAGAGGUUCGGGGCGCUGUUCGGUGUGUGCCUGAGGGAGGACCUGACGCAGGUGUUCCGGUGCCCCUUUGGGGAGGUGGUCAGGGGCAUGGACGUGCUCGAGAAGGUGGCCCAGGCCCAACCCAUCACAGGGGUCUAUGUUGCAGACUGCGGGGCCCUCAUCCCCCUCCAGUGAGAGUCGACAACAGCAAUGUAGGCCCACCAACAUUGCGGCGUGUAGUUGGGCCCUCAUCUUAUUCGGAUGUUCGGCUCGAGCAGUUAGAGUUAGACACUGGGCCAUUUAGACGCUGGGCAAGUUAGACGCUGGGUCAAAUAGACAUCGUGUCAGUCAGACGCUGGGCCAGUUAGACGUUGGGCCAGUUCGAUGCUGUGUUAGUUAGACGCUGGAUCAGUUAGACGCUGGGUCAGUUAGUAGCUGAGCCAGUUAGACGAUUAGUCAGUUAGACACUGGGCCGGUUAGUCUCUGGGUCAGUUUGAUGCUGGGUCAGAUAGACGCUUGGUGAGUUAGACGCUUGGCCAGUACGAUGGUGAGAAAAGGAUGUGUUGGAUUAUGUUUACAUCAAGUAUUAUCUGAUGCAUAGGAUAACGUCUGGAUAUGAUCAAGACUUGGCUGAUGUGUAUACCACGAUGGGCUGAUAUUCUUACUGGUGUAUAUCUAUAAAUCUUGUUUGGAGUUCAUCUGGGUUAUUUCCUUAUGUAUUUCUUGUCAUCAUUGAUACAUAGGGUGGUCUGAAGGCUAUAUGGGUGCGCAGCCGUUGGCAAAUUAAACUCUUAAACAAGCCUUGUAGCAAACGUUCUUCACAAAAAUUCUUAGCUAAACUCAGCCUCAGUGCUACGAAGUCGCAGACCACGCUAGAAACACCGCGAGCCUAAUACCGCGACGGCUUGAAGCCACUGUUCCAGCAAAUACAAAUUAAUUGGACUGCAAUUUAAGAUUAAAAAUAAUACAAAGACUUAGUAAGGCCAGUUUUAUGAAAGUUUAUUGGUAUUUUCCACUAUCUAGUCGGAGUUAGACGAUCAUAGCUCAUAUGUGUGGCAGCUCUCCCGCGACACCAUACAUCAGAUGGGAGAAUACGUUAGUUAUAGAUAAAAUUUGCAUUCGUCAGGAGCGAUUAUUUUGCAAUGUUCAGUAGUUAUGGAUAUGUUACUGAACUCUAAUAUGUAUAGGGGAGAAAAAUAAUUUGUAUUGA